GUGCCCGAUGCCAUCCUGAAGUGCCAGCGUGCGGGCAUCACCGUCCGCAUGGUGACAGGGGACAACAUCAACACUGCCCGCGCCAUCGCCACCAAGUGUGGCAUCCUGCUGCCCGGGGAGGACUUCCUGUGCCUGGAGGGGAAGGAGUUCAACCGGCUCAUCCGCAACGAGAAGGGAGAGGUGGAGCAGGAGCAGCUGGACAAGAUCUGGCCCAAGCUGCGGGUGCUGGCGCGCUCCUCCCCCACGGACAAGCACACCCUGGUCAAAGGAAUCAUCGACAGCACCGUGGGUGACCAGAGGCAGGUGGUGGCUGUGACAGGGGACGGGACCAACGAUGGCCCAGCCCUGAAGAAAGCAGACGUUGGCUUUGCCAUGGUAGGGCCAGCCUGGGGGUUUUCCUUUGCUCUUGGGAUUGCUUCCAGACCGUGGAAUCUCUAUUCCAAAUCUAUGGGAUGGACUAAAAACCCAAAAAGGGAUUUUCUUAGGAUGUUGGGUUUGGGUCUGAGCUGUGUAGGGCUGUGAGAAAGGGGCUGGGAAUUCCUUGGAGGUCCCAGAGCAG